AUGCGCUCUCACACACGCUCUCCCACCCACUCACUCAUGCGCACUCUCACGCGCUCUCCCACGCUCCCUCACGCGCUCCCUCGCGCACUCUCAGGCACACUCUCACGCACUCCCUCUCGCGCUCGCUCUUGCGCACUCUCACCACAUUCUCUCUCUCGCGGACUAUCACACGCAUUCUCUCUCUCGCGCUCUCACGCGCUCUCUCACGCGCUCUCUCACGCGCUCUCUCAUGCGAUCUCUCUCACGCGCUCCCUCACGCGCUCUCUCAUGAUCACUCUCAGGCGCACCUUCACGCACUCUCUCACGCGCUCUCUCACGCGCUCUCUCACGCGCUCUCUCACGCGCUCUCUCACGCGCUCUCUCACGCGCUCUCUCACGCACCCUCUCGCGCUCUCUCACGCACUCUCUUACGCACUCUCUCACGCGCUCUCUCAAGGCGCACUCUCAGGCACACUCUCACACACUCUCUCUCGCGUUCUCUCUCGUGCAUUCUCACCACGUUCUCUCUCUCACGCACCUGAUAACCACGGUGCCUGA